AUGCUAAAACAACUGGAUUGUAUGGUUGAAGUGCCAAACAGAAUUAAUUUGUCUUCGUCUGGUUUAUCUAAUGAUGAUGGUAAUAAGAGAAAAAACUGGGAAUCAGAAAAAUCAAGAUCUAGAAAAAGAUAUAAUCAGUUUCGUAAUACAGUUAUUUUUGAAAUAAAUCAGGAUGAAGAAUAUGAUGAAUUAUCUAGUUUUUCAAAUGAAAAAGAACAGAUCUAUCAAUUAGCUAAUGAUAAAAGACUAAUACUCAAAGAAGAAGAGCCAAUUGAUGACGAAGAAUUUUAUUUGAAUGAGAAUGACGGAGUUUUUUAUGAUUAUUUUUCUGCUCCAAAUUUAAAUAAUAUUGAUACCAAUCUGAAUUCUGAACAUAUCAACACGAUUCAAAGAACUAAAAAGCAUUGUAUUAACCAUUUCUUAGCUCUAAUUAUAAAUGAAUUACUAGAAUUAUGGGAUAAGUACGAUUUGCCAGUUUUGACCAAGAUUUCUAAUAGAAAGAGAAUUUGGUUAGCAGUCAUUUGCUGCUCAAAUGAUAUUCCUGCUACCAAAAAAUUAAGUGAACACAUAUCAGCAGUUGCAGCUUGUCACAGAUGGAGUUUAGUGACUUACAAUGAAUUUAAAUUUGAUGAGUUGCUUCAAUUCUUGAAUAUUUAUCAUCUCAACAUUAAUGAUACAAUAACAGGCAGAGAGCCAUUUCAUGGAGUCAUGCUUACUUCCACUAAAUUGGAUGUAACUCUACUAGGAAAAGUUUAUAAAAUGCUUGUAAAUUAUUACAAUAGUGCAUCUGAAGCAAAUGAAUUGAAUUUUGUAUCAGUUGCUGAUAUAGCUAGAAGUAGAAUAAAUAGGGAAUCAAUUUGA